ACUAAAUAUGUUAAUAGCCUUAGUUAUUUUGUAUCUGUUGACUAAAUUGACAAUUGACACAACCGUCAAUGUUAAUAAAAAUAGAUACAAUUUAAAUUUCAUAAAAUAAAAUAAACAUACCUACUUCUAAGUCAUUUAUUCUUCCCAUGCCCUCGGUUUUAGUUGUACCAGUAGGUUAAAUUUCCUGGUUCCGAUAUUUCUUUUGAGACCUUUUUUGUGAAAUUUUCCUUAACCGAGAAACAGUAAAUAAAAAUAAAAAAAACGAAUCGAUAGAAAGACCACGAUACAAAAUGAGGUGGACAGUACACAUUGAAGGUGGACCUAGACGGGUUAAUCAUGCAGCCGUGUGUGUUGAUGAUAAAAUAUAUUCUUUUGGUGGAUAUUGUUCAACUGAAGAAUACAAUGAUUGGGAGUCAAUUCCAGUUCAUGUAUUAGACACUUCGACCUUAAGAUGGGCACCAAUAAAUUAUAAAAAAAACGAUGUUGUACCCUUCCAAAGGUAUGGCCACACAGUAGUUCCAUAUGGCCACAAGAUUUUUAUGUGGGGUGGUCGCAAUAAUGCAGUAGCUUGUGAUACACUAUCUUGUUUUGAUACAAAAAAAUUAGAGUGGAGUACGCCUGCAGUAACUGGAAUGCUGCCGUAUGCUAAGGAUGGUCACUCAGCUUGUAUUAUCAGAAACAAAAUGUACAUAUUUGGCGGGUUCGAAUAUCUCACAGACCAGUACUCACAGGAAGUUCACUGUCUAGAUUUAGAAACAAUGCAGUGGAGAUUCAUUAAUGCUAAAGGUACUCCGCCAUUACACAGGGACUUUCACACAGCCAUUGCAUAUCACGAUAGAAUGUACAUCUUUGGAGGAAGAGGGGACCUGAAUAGUCCUUAUAAUUCAGAAGAAGAAAUAUAUUGUCCUCAAGUUUAUUAUUUAGAUACCAUUUCUGAGACAUGGGUAACUACCAACCCUAGUGGUACAUGGCCUGAGGCAAGACGCAGCCAUUCCGCCUGGCUUUACAAUGAUUACAUGUACAUCUUUGGAGGAUUGAAUGCUAAAACAAAAACACACUUCAAUGACCUCUACAGAUAUUCCAUAAAAGGAAAUUUUUGGGAAUAUCUUAAUGUACAUGGUGUGGGGCCUUGUAAGAGAAGACGACAAGCUUGUCUUAUUUAUAAGGAUAAAGUAUACUUAUUCGGAGGAACGAGUCCUUGUUCACUUAAUAAUCUUAACAGACAAGUAAAUGAUGCUGAAGAUAAUCCUGAGAGACUUAUAGACAAUAGUGAUCUCCAUGUGUUAGAUUAUGCACCAACAUUAAAAACUCUGAGCAUUCUUUGUGUCUUAGAACACAAUUUAGAUCAAUCGUCACUUCCUCGGGAUAUUAUACUUGAUAUUAGAAUGAUGACCAUGCCGAAUCGCAUCAGCAGACCAAUUAAUCAAGCUGGUUAGCUUGAAACAUAUACAGCAUUAUUGUUAUAUUUAAGAAAGAAUGUAUAACAUGUUAUAAAAAGUUUCAGUAUGCUUUCAAUAAAGCAUACAUGGUAUUUGUUGUGUUUGUAAUUUAAAGUUUGUUAUUCAGUUAA